UUUCUACAUUCAGUCAAAAAGUUUUUAACUUUCUAGCAAACAACAAUAUGAAAUUCUACAUUAUUUUUGCCGCGCUUCUUGCCUUGGCUUUGGCCAAACCAGCUGAAGUUGAAAUUCUUAAAUCGAGCUCCGAUGUUGGACCUGAAAGUUAUUCCUUUGACCUUGAGACCAGUGAUGGUACUUCCCGCCAUGAAGACGGUCAGGUUAAAGAUGUUGGCGGUGAACAUCCAGCCAUUGUAGUCCAUGGCAGUUUCUCCUAUAAGGAUGAGCACGAUGGCAAGGUAUAUACCGUCAAUUAUGUAGCUGAUGAACAUGGUUUCCAACCUUCCGGUGAACAUUUGCCUCCUUUGCCUAAACACUAAAACUUUUAACAUGGUACACCGAUAGUGACAAUGGAAAAUGUCAUGUCAUUAUUAUUGUUUAAUCGAAAUAUUUAAAGUUUUAACAUAACUGUGUAUGUGUGUAUGUAAAAAAUUGUGAUUUAAAUAAAGAUUCAUUUGCAUAUCAAUUUAAAAA